CCGGACAGGUCCCGUGUGACGUGGCCGCGCGCCGGGGGCGGCUCUGGGCUGGGGGGCCGGGAGGCCGAGCCGGGCGGGGCAGACCCGGGGCGGGGCGCGGCGCCGCUGCUGGAUGGCCGGGGCAGCCCGCAGCGCCGCCGCCGCCGCCGCCGCUGCACGCACGUGGCAUGCCUGGAUGUCCCUGUCCUGGCUGUGGCAUGGCGGGCCAAAGGCUCCUCUUCUUCACCGCGCUUGUCCUAGAGCUCCUGGGAGGGGCUGGGGGUUCCCAGCCGGCCCUCCGGAGCCGGGGGCCCGCAGCUGCCUGUCGCCUGGACAACAAGGAAAGCGAAUCCUGGGGGGCCCUGCUGAGCGGAGAGAGGCUGGACACCUGGAUCUGCUCCCUCCUGGGCUCACUCAUGGUGGGGCUCAGCGGAGUCUUCCCACUGCUCGUGAUCCCCCUGGAGAUGGGGACCAUGCUGCGCUCAGAAGCUGGGGCCCGCCGCCUGAAGCAGCUGCUCAGCUUUGCCCUGGGGGGACUUUUGGGCAAUGUGUUUCUCCACCUGCUGCCCGAGGCAUGGGCCUACACAUGCAGUGCCAGCCCUGUGCUGCCCCCUGCAGGUGGUGAGGGGCAGAGCCUGCAGCAGCAACAGCAGCUGGGACUGUGGGUCAUUGCUGGCUUCCUCACUUUUCUGGCGUUGGAGAAGAUGUUGCAGGACAGCAAGGAGAAGGAGGGGACCAGCCAGGCCCCCAGCAAAGACCCCGCUGCCGCUGCCGCGCUCAGUGGAGGCCACUAUCUGGCCCAGCCGGCUGCAGAGCCCGGCGUGAGUGCUGUGGUCCGGACCAUCAAAGUCAGUGGCUAUCUCAACCUGCUGGCCAACACCAUAGACAACUUCACACACGGGCUGGCUGUAGCUGCCAGCUUCCUUGUGAGCAAGAAGAUUGGGCUCCUGACCACCAUGGCCAUCCUUCUGCAUGAGAUCCCCCACGAGGUGGGCGACUUUGCCAUCCUGCUCCGGGCCGGCUUUGACCGAUGGAGCGCAGCCAAGCUGCAGCUCUCGACGGCGCUGGGGGGCCUGCUGGGCGCCUGCUUCGCCAUCUGUACGCAGUCCCCCAAGGGAGUAGGUACGGGCGUGGUGGGUGGUGGUGGUCCGCGGAGGGGCCCCAGCCAGAGGGCACAGCUGCCCCGGCCCCUGUCCCGGCCAGGAUCUGCCCCAAGUGUCCCCUGUGGGAGCGGGUGCUGCACAUGGCUCGCCUGGGCCCCCAGCUGGUCGGGACUUCUGCUCCCACUGCAGAGGAGACUGUGGCCUGGAUCCUGCCCUUCACCUCUGGCGGCUUCCUCUACAUCGCCCUGGUGAACGUGCUGCCCGACCUCCUGGAGGAAGAUGACCCGUGGCGCUCCCUGCAGCAAGUCCUGCUGCUCUGCACAGGCAUCGUGGUGAUGGUGCUCUUCUCGCUCUUCGCGGGGUGACCGCCCCUGACGGCCCCCCCCCACCGCCCCCAGCAAUAAGAGACUUGGAUUCAGUCUGUGACCGUGUGUGAGGCACAGGGCGAGUGCCUGAGAGCACCCCUCUGACCAGAUUAGAGGACGGGUGUGUGUGUGUGUGUGUGUGUGUGUGUGCACAGAGGUACGCGUGAGACCGACACUGUGAUCGUGCGCUGGGCCCAGGGCCCGAUGCCCGCACCCAGCCACGCUGUGGUCUUGUCUCCUUACCCCCGCCAUCCGGCACUUCCCGCGGCGAGCACUGAGGAAUAGCAGCCCUGCUCCCAAGCGGAGGCCUCUCCCACCAAGCCCACAGGGGGAGUGAGAAGAGCCCCAGGAGCCCAGGGCUUCGGGGAGCCCAAAGCUGUCUCCCUCUGGGGCCUUGGGGUUCCUGGCCUUCUGCUCAGGCACCGAGCCCCGGGCAGCCUGAGCGCUGAGGCUGGGGAGCUUUCUCUGCUGUGUCCGUUGUCCUGGCCUUUCCUUUGUCAGUUCUAAGGCCAAAGAAAGGAGAGGCAGGUGCUCGCGUUGCCCCUCGCCGCCGCACUCAGCACUGACAGUCCCACCCAGCCCGGGAUGGAGCCGGGGGUGCUUCCCAAGACCUUCUCCUCGUGGCUGCCAGCCCUGGGCCAGCUCCUGUGCCCCCAGGAAAUGCUCCCUGGCAGCGCCUGCAGCUUUUGCCACCUCCCGCUGCCAAGCAGCAGCCUGCAGGGCGGGGAGCGGCCCUGGGCCAGAGAGGCCUGCUGGUCCAGCUCAGGGACGCUCACGCGGGUCCAGGCGGAGAUACCCUGGAGGCAGGAACAGUGGGCUGUGGCCGCCCCUCCCUGCCCAGGCCCUUUUUCCUGUCCCACCGUGGCCGUGGCCGAGGGUAGGUUGGGGGGUGGUGAGGGCUCCGCCUUGUCGGCAUGCAGGAAUGUGCUCUGGGAGAACGCUGAAGCCCUAAUCCCCGGCUAUUUCCCUUGGCUGACACCCAGGCACUGAGCUGGCCCGCUCCACAGCCAGGCUCAGCCCUGCUGCUCGACCACAGACGUUCUGAGAAGCGGCCGUCAAGAGGGUCUGAAUGGGUUUACAGCAGUUGGGCUGUGGUUCCGUUUUUUUCUGUAAAUAACUAUAGAUAAGAUAUGAAUAAAUAUUAUAUACAAA